AACACAAGCUUCCUUUGUUCAUUGUCUGUUGUUUGCAGAGAUGGUUAUAUAAAAGCUGUGGGCCAGGCAGAUGUUAUUCGCAAUCAGUUUUCAGGAGCAUCAUUUGAAAGAGUAAUUGACUGCUCUGGGAAGUGCGUACUACCAGGCUUGGUAGAUGCACAUACACAUCCAGUAUGGGCUGGUGACAGGGUUCAUGAGUUUGCGAUGAAGCUGGCAGGUGCUUCAUAUAUGGAAAUUCACCAGGCUGGAGGAGGAAUACAUUUCACUGUGGAACACACUCGGAAGGCCACCGAAGAAGAGCUGUUCAGUACUUUCAAACACCGACUGGAACGUAUGUGCCGAGCAGGAUCUACUUUAGUUGAGUGCAAGAGUGGAUAUGGCUUAAACUUAGAAACAGAACUUAAAAUGCUCAGAGUGAUUGAACGAGCUAAGCGAUCCAUGGAUAUUGGCAUUUCAUCAACGUACUGUGGAGCUCAUUCUGUUCCAAAAGGGAAAACUGCUACUGAAGCCGCAGAUGACAUUAUCAAUAAUCAUCUCCCUAAACUGAAAGAACUCAAAUUAAGUGGUGAAGUGCAUGUCAACAAUAUAGAUGUGUUCUGUGAGAAGGGAGUCUUUGAUCUGGAUUCUACUAGAAGAAUUCUUCAAGCUGGAAAAGAUAUAGGGUUACAGAUUAACUUCCAUGGUGAUGAACUCCAUCCGAUGAAAUCUGCAGAGCUUGGAGCUGAACUAGGAGCCCAGGCUAUCAGCCACCUGGAAGAAGUUAGUGAUGAAGGUAUCACUGCAAUGGCAAGAGCUGAAUGUGCAGCUGUCCUUUUACCAACCACUGCCUACAUGCUAAGACUGAAGCAACCUCAAGCUAGGAAAAUGUUAAAAGAAGGAGUUAUAGUUGCUCUUGGCAGUGAUUUUAAUCCUAAUGCAUACUGUUUGUCAAUGCCUAUGGUGAUGCACCUGGCCUGUGUAAACAUGAAGAUGUCAAUGAACGAAGCACUAGCAGCUGCCACGAUUAAUGCAGCUUAUGCUCUGGGAAAAUCGGACACACAUGGCUCCAUAGAGAACGGCAAGCAGGGGGAUCUCAUUAUCAUAAAUUCAUCAAGGUGGGAACACUUGAUUUACCAGUUUGGGGGACAUCAGGCAUUGAUCGACUAUGUUAUAGUUAAAGGAAAAAUUGUGUAUAAAAAUGAGAGGUGUGGGAUGAUGAGCAGCUACUGAAAGGAGAGAGUCAUUUCGGAACUAUUAUAAUCAAACAGACAUCGAAUGUUUCAGUUACAAAAGGGAAAAACCGCACUGGACUUGUAUUUUACUGAUAAAUUGUUUGCCUGCUCAUCUUACCAGCCCUUUUGUUCAAAUCGACUUUACCAAGCAUUACGCAUCUGGUGUUUUUUCAUAUCAGUUAUCCUUCUCUCCAGGGCAUAAAAAUAGUUUCUAUUGUAUCGCUUUGGAAAUAAGACAGUUUCCUGAAACGAAAAUGUAAUGCAAAUGUAAUGAAAUGCAAUUUUAAUCUAUAAAAUUAUUAUAUUAAAAGAGCAAUGAAUGAAGAAGUUUGGAUCAAGGUAAGAUUUAUUGGGAAGAGCCAUGUUAAGUAACCUGUGAUGCAGGGCCAAGGACUCAGGCAGGCACAUUUGGAAAAGUGCUUGGCAGUGUUGGGAGGUCACAGCAUCUUCAAGGAAACUGUUUCACAGCUCCUGCGUCUGCUGAGUCCUGAACUCAGCACAAACCGGGAGCCACAAUCCUGGUAAGAACCACACUAUCUUACCUCUUUGAAGUACAAAGUCUCUUGGUUUCUGUGGAAUUAAAACUCAGUGGGAGCCAGCAGCUGGAAACCCAGGCAUACCAGUGAGGUACUGCUCAUUAGCUGAUCCACAACUUUUUGUUAUGUCUUUUUCAACUUGUUGAGAAUCUCUGUGGUCCUUCAAGACUGUAGAGGCGCACCUGGAGGAGGAAAAAAGUGCCAUCUGGUACAUGACUCACUGGGUUGCAGACAUUUGGAGUGUGUUUCAGUUUAGGGGUUGAAUUAGAUCUACAAUUUGAAGUUAGUGGUGCCAAAGCCUUAAAAUGUACUCCUAGAAGCAGUUAGCCCAGUGAGGUUAUGGUUUGUUGAGAACAGCAGACUUCUCAGCAUUUCAGUCGCCUUGAAACUGAAAAGAUCACCUGCAAUCUCAGUACAGAUAUUCCAAAAAUAACUGUUCUUAUUUACUGCAGAGUGGACCUGAAGUGACUUAUGAAACAUGUUUCUUCAUGCUUGUUUGAAUGUGUUUAUGAUGACAAAGCUGAGUAUGAAUAUGAUGAUUGUUACUCAGAGCAAUUUGAAGCCUUAAGAUCCGGGUUACUAAAGCUCUUUGAAACCUA